UAAUCUUAGUUACUUAUCCAGACACUAAAAGUUAAUCUGAUAUUUCCUUCGUGCGUACAUCCAUUGAUAUAAAAGAUGAUAUCGUGGGAAAUUAAGCUAUUCCAUAAUUUCCAACUGGAAAGAAAAACAAGUCAACUUUUGCAGUCGAGAAAUAUCCCAUUGGAAUGGCGUUCAAAUUUCUUCUCGCACUGGCGAUCGUAGCCUCUGCUUUGUGCCAAAUCAAUCUAGCAUUUCCACAAGGAACAUUAGAUUUAGACGAUGAAUUGUUGAACGAACUACAAGAAGAACCUCACAGACAAGUUAGAUCAGUGCUGAACGUUGCAAACCCUGCCCAAAACCUCCAGAACGAACCGUCCCUGACUGGGGACCAAGGAGGCACCAAGGAUUCUGUUUACGUGAGAAAAACCGGCCCUAACCGCAAGGUGAGAUCCUCCAGAUGGGUCAAAUUCAGAGACAGAAUACUCAAAGGACGCGGAUGCAAAAAUGGCAAAUGCAAGAAGCCAGGCUCCAUCAUCAACUGGAGCUACAAAUUUUAAUCAUCUUCCACUAUUGAUCGUUGGAUGACUUGUUAAAUACUUUCUGUUAUUAUAUCUUAUUAUUUGA